AUGCUUAUCUUUUCGGAGAGUCUUCAUCCUUAUACGGUUCAUACUGUACUUGUUGUAUCGUUUUGUGCCACUGCUUGUGUGUGUUUGGGCCUCUUGGCUCAUGCUCUUGUGUACAAGCGAAAGGCUCUCAAUCGAUAUGCGUAUCCAUCAUCUCCCCCACCAGAACCUGUAAAGAAGACUGCUCCAGUGGACUAUACUACUGUUUACCCUCCAUCGCAAAGACACGCUCUGCCUGAGAUAUCGCCUGACUUUGGCUCUGGCGAUGUUGACCUGUGUGUGGCAUCAAAGCCUCUUCUGAGGUUGGACGAGGACUAUCGUCAUGCCAAUCCCAGCACAUUCAACUUCACCAGCUUCAGCGUUGGAGAGAUCCGACGACUUGGAGACUUCCCUGACUAUGCAAAGCUGUCUGGUGUUCCUCUACCAGAGCCAUUAAAGAGCUUCAAUGUCGACAAGGCAAUGCCGAGACCAUAUCGCCCAUUCCGGUGGGCCUAUCACCAGACCAUGUCGCUGAAGAAGAUGGACCCAGAUUUCUGGCUAGAGAUAGAGAACACAUAUCGUGAACGCGUCGCCCAGCGACAAGCCCUUUACGCAAAGCACGGCAAAGAUGUCCUCCAGGCCUUACCCGGCUCAGAGUUAGCAUGUAAAGAGCUUAUGGAGAUGGUCAUUCAAUUCCUUUGCGCGCGAUAUCCUCAAGCAUUUGAACUCCAUGGUAAAGUCUUUGUCAACCACAUUCUGGCAGUCAAGGAAGAUCUUGAUCAGACCGAGCCUCUGCUCUUCCUUCUCAAUCACGUCCCUGAGGAUUUCGCACUCACAUUACGAGAUCCUGCGACAGGACGGUAUUGCUUCAGAGCCGGUGUGAUUUGUUCCUCUGUUGGGUGGAAGCUGAGUGAGAAGAUUGGACUGGGAUUGCCCGAGAUACAUGCCCCAGUGCCUGAUUACAAGGAAAAGAUGGAGUUUAGCAUGGACCGAUUCUUCACUAAAAUGCCCACCAACAGCCCCAUCCAGCGCGGAUCCUGGGGGCUCGAAGUCGGUCAGCCGCUCUUCAUCCCCGCCGAAGACCCCGAGUUCAAGAUUCGAGAAGUUCAAAACACGUCUCUUACGGAGGAAGACAUUUCUCUUCGAGUUGACUGGCAGACCCUACGUCGUCUACCUCUUUCAGGCGCUAUCGUCUUCAACUUCAAGGCCUUAUUCACACCAAUGACUGAGUUUAGAGAUGAGCCGUACGUUCCCUCUUUGGUCUUGAAGGUGUUGAAUGAGGGGAAGGAGAACAUUAUGAAGUAUAAGGGAACGUGGCAUGUUGAGCAUAUUACGAAGCCGACGCUGAGGAAAUGGGAGAGGGAGCAGAUUGAGAAGGGGUUGAUCCCUCAGGAUUGGGAGGUUACUACAUUGGCGGAGAAUCCGUUCUUCCCUGGAUGGGAGAGGAAGUGGACUGUCAAUUGA